CAUCCAAAUCCCAGAUUAAACACCCCCACCUCUCUUUCCAACCAGCAGCAGCACUCCUACAAGUCCCUGCCCCCUCUCUUCCUCCUUGUGUAACUGUACCAAGCGUGGAUUACCAACUCUGAAGCAAAGCAGGGGCUCUGACAGGCUCCGAACAGAAUGGUGAGGUGGUUUCAUCCCAACAUCACUGGGAUCGAGGCAGAACACCUCCUCCUGACACGGGGCGUCCAUGGCAGCUUUCUAGCGAGACCCAGCAAGAGCAACCCUGGGGAUUUCACUCUGUCUGUCAGGAGGAACGAUGAGGUCACCCAUAUUAAAAUCCAGAACUCUGGGGACUAUUAUGACCUGUACGGAGGGGAGAAAUUCGCCACUCUGGCUGAAUUGGUUCAGUACUACACCGAGCAGCACGACCUCCUGCGAGAACGCAACGGAGAUGUCAUCGAGCUGAAAUACCCCCUCAACUGCAAAGAUCCCACAUCUGAGAGGUGGUAUCAUGGGCAUCUUUCGGGGAGAGAUGCUGAAAAGCUCCUCAUGGAGAAGGGUAAAUCCGGCAGCUUCCUGGUGAGAGAGAGUCAGAGUAAACCGGGAGACUUUGUGCUUUCCGUCCUCACUAAUGAAGAAAAGCAUGAAAAUGUAGACCGCAAGACUAAAGUCACCCAUGUCAUGAUCCGUUAUCAGGAUGGGAAAUAUGAUGUAGGAGGAGGGGAGAGGUUUGACACUUUAGCGGAUUUAGUGGAGCAUUAUAAGAAAAACCCCAUGGUGGAGAAGAGUGGAAUUGUUGUGCACCUUAAACAGCCAUUUAAUGCCACUAGGAUAAAUGCAGCAAACAUUGAAAACCGGGUACGAGAAUUAAAUAAAGUAGCUGACAACUCAGAGAAACCCAAGCAAGGCUUCUGGGAAGAAUUUGAGGUUUUACAGCAGCAAGAAUGUAAACUCCUUUACCCCAGGAAAGAGGGGCAGAGACCCGAAAAUAAAAACAAGAACAGAUAUAAGAACAUACUACCAUUUGACACCACUCGAGUGCAGAUCAAGGAGUUGGAUUCUGAUGCGCUAGGCUCCGAUUACAUCAAUGCUAACUAUAUCCGAAGCAUGAAUGAAGAAGGUUGUCAUGUGGAUGAAGGUAAAGUGUUCAUCGCCACUCAGGGUUGCCUUCAGAACACCGUCCUAGACUUCUGGAAAAUGGUGUAUCAGGAAAACACUCAUGUUAUUGUCAUGACAACCAAGGAGAUGGAGAGAGGACGGAAUAAGUGUGUGCGGUACUGGCCGGACUUAAAUUCAACAAAGGAGUUUGGGAAGGUGUGUGUGAAGAACAUUGAGGAACACACAGCUCAGGACUACAUACGGCGAGAGCUUGAAGUCACGCGUCUAGACAGGAGAGAGCCUCCCAGGUGUGUCUGGCACUAUCAGUACCUGAGCUGGCCUGACCAUGGUGUUCCUAAUGAACCAGGAGGAGUCUUGAGCUUCCUGGAGCAAGUGAACAGAACCCAGAGCGCCAUUCCAGAGAGUGGACCGAUCGUGGUUCACUGCAGUGCAGGGAUUGGAAGAACAGGCACAAUUAUUGUGAUUGACAUCCUUAUCGACAUCAUAAACAGACAAGGUUUGGACUGUGACAUUGACAUCCCUAAGACCAUUCAGAGAGUGCGCCAGCAACGAUCCGGUAUGGUUCAGACCGAGGCCCAGUACAAGUUCAUCUACAUGGCUGUUCAGCAAUACAUUGACACCGCUCAGAAGAGACUGGAGGAGGAGCAGAGGAAUAAAACGAAGGAGAGAGAAUACUCUAACAUCAAGUACCCACAGAUGUCAAAUGCCAGAGCCAAGCCAAACAUGAGCUCGUCUCGCUCUUCAUCUGUAAUGAAUGACGACUCCGGAGUGUAUGAGAAUCUGAACAUCAAAAAUCCAAAGGGCUCCACCAGCAGUAACACUAGGAGAUAAGCCAUGUGGGCUGCUGUCUCAGGGACUCUGGGAUUCCAGCAGAGGUGCUGUGUAGAAGCACCUGAUCAUGGAACGGUACUGGGAGGGGGGGGGGACAAGCAGCGCCUACGCUGAGGUGACACCGUCAGCCGCUCGGCUGGAGAUUCCACGACAUCUCCAACAGCUCCUCUCUUCAUUUCCUGACUGACUACGUCUGAGAAACUCACACUCCGAAACCAAGUGCCUGAUUAGCAGCCGAAAUUGUUCCGGCAAAGGACGUGUGACUUGGUGCUUUCGCUCCCCCCUUCUAGCCUAACAAGCCUACACUGCACUAAGCUACAUGAUGGUUUGAUUAUGUGUGAAAUAAAUUUGAAAAUUAAUAUUUACACUCAGUGACAUAACUUUGGAUGAAGCUACGCUCUUUCCAUGCUGUCUACGGCUGUUUCCAGACCUUGCUUUGUCUACUGGAUAUCGUCUACUGUAACCAAAGAACUCUGAUAUAUAUAUAUAUACGUACUGUAUAUAUCUCUCAGUUUCUCUGCUGAGUGAUACUCGCGGCACGGUGAUUUAAGAAGACGAGAACUGCACCGCCUGGCCUAAAGAAUCCCUCUUUUCUUUUCAGAGGAUAUGAGAGUUGAUUGGUCAAAGUUCGACCAAUGAAUCGGAUACUAGAUGUAAGUAGGUGUUUUAAAUGGACUGAUUUGGUACAGUGUGGUUGAAUCUAUACAGUAUGUGCCAAUUAGCAGCCUGUACAUCAUAUUAGUGAAAGCUUCUGCUUUAAAGCUGUUUUUAUUGAGCAUUACCUCCAGGCUAAUGAACAAGUCAGAGGGAGACAAGUGCUACUGUCAAUCAAAGGCUUAUCAACCAAUCAGGCUGCCUCUUCAUCAGCCGGCUCCUCCUCCUAUGCGUUGACUUUCUUGUUCUGAAUGCAUCAGGUGAGCCUUUAUUAGUUUUGUUUUGUUUGUUUGUUAACUAUGAUUCCUUUAGAGCAGUCGUAUCUUUUGUUGUGAUAUUUGUGAAUGUGAUCAUGAAAUCUAGGCCUGGCAUUUUUGAAUAUAAUGCAUUUCUCUUAAUAUUUUUAUUCCACAUUUUCCUCAGAGAAGACACAUUAAGCUCUUUUAUCACAUAUAAACAGGGUAUGUGUGUAUUUCGGUGUUAUAAAUAGCCUGAUAAAGCUCUUUACUUCAUAGUGGGUUGCGAUCGCACAGAGGAGGCCUUUGAAUGAAAUAACGUAAAAUGAAAAGCGUGAUAUUACUAAAGAUCACAUCAGGCCGAGCCGUUGACGUGAACUGGAUUUCGUUGGAGACUUCAGCUAAAAAUGAGGUAGGCCAGAUGGCCCUCAGCUAAGAUUAAAGAAUAGAUUUGUGUGGGGCGAAAAAAGUAAUUUAAAAGAUGGCUGUAAUCCAGACGUGGCUAUUAUUGGGUGAGGUCAGCAGUGAUGUCAUAAGAUGUUAUAUAUACACACAGUACCGUUCAAAAUUUUAAGGUCAGUAAGAUUUUUUUAUGAUUUUAUGAUUUUUUUUUUUUUAAUUUUAAAGAAAUGAAUACUCUUUUUCCAGUUUCCACAACAGCAAAAACAUUUUCACCAUGGAUAGUAUUAAUAAUAAAUGUUUCUUGAGCAAUUAUUUCUGAAGACUGGAGUAAUGAUGCUGGAAACUCAGCUUUGACAUCACAAGAAAUAAAUUACAUUUAAAAAUGUUUAAAUAGAAAAGAGUUGUAAUAAUAUCUCACAAUAUUACAGUUUUGACUAUUUUGAUUAUAUAAAUGCAGCGUUGGUGAGCAUAAGAGACUUUUUCUAAGAACAUUAAAAAUGGUAGUGUGCAUGUUGGCUUAGAUAAAGCAGGACAUGAUGUAUGUGAUUAAUCACGGCGUCCGACUGUGAAAGGUUACAUGAGGGGAUCUGUGAUGGCAUGAGCUGUAGAGAUGCCAUGCGUGUUUGAGGGAGGCCAGGGUCUGCUUUUUUGCACUUGGAAGGAUAAAAUGUACUAGAGAAUCGGUUUGCUAGGUAAUAAAAGCAAUGUCACUGCAUAUGAUAAUCAUUGUCCUUGGAAUGACUGACUGAUUGAAUGAAUUGUAUGUGAUUUAUGCACCUGAUCAUGUGAGAGCAAUGUGCUACUGGCGUCUGAACGCUUUGAAACUGUUCAUUUGCUGUGUUUUUUUUCCCUUUGUGAAAAUGGGUAAAAGGUCAAAAACUGAGUGACAUAUUAAGACUUGAACUGCUGAAAGGUAUAGUGUCCAUGGCUGCCAGAAUGUCCUUUUGUUCGGAGGUAUAUAUAAUGAAUAUCUGUUGAUUUGACAUCAGUGUAGUGUUUUGCGUUUAAUUAUUUGUUGUAAAUUAUACAUUUCACUUGUUUGUUAAUACAGUGAUGGAAAUAUUCAAAGCUGUUUAGCAUAUUGUUUUAGAAUGAUUUGUUAACAUUUAUUAUUAAUUAUUAUACAAGACAUCAACAGUUAUAAAACUCUGCUCGCUUUAUAACAAUUUUGAAGUCUUCUCUUUAAAUUUACUUGAAUACUAUGUUGUUGGUGGGUUGUUGUUUUUUAAUCUCAGUUGGUGAUCGGUAGGUUUGAUCUGAAUCGUGUUGUGCUGACUGUCCUUGUGUGGUAAAGACUGUGUUUCCUCUUGCACUGGUUCAGCCUAAAAUGCCUUUUGCCCUUGAAAAUACAGCCGAUGUAUUGUCUUGCAUCUCAAAUGAGAAUACAGGAUUAGUUAUUGAAUAAUAAAGCAUACACUGGGAACUUUCAA